CAAAAAUCAAAAAAGAACAAAUUAAUCAUAAAUAAAUCAAACAAAAAUAUGAUUUUUUCUAAACUAGAUUUAUUUUCGUCUCCAUUUUCUUUUAAUACUGGAAAUUAUUAGAAUAAAAGAGGAACGUUAUUAGGAACAAUUCUUUCAUUUGCUGUUUUAGUUACUACGCUUUCAUAUUUUAUUUACAUUAUCUAAUAAUAUACUACCAAUUAAAUAGACCCAAUCUUUAGGACAUAAAGCCUGAUAAGUCAAGAUUAUAUUGAGACCUAGCUCAACAGUGAGUUUGUUGGAUUUAGAUUUGAGGUAGAUAGCACGAUUCAGCUAUCUCCCAAUAAAACUUACUUAGUAUAUUUAGCUUUCUUCUAGCUAAAUACUGAUACUCAAAAUUAUUUCCUACCUCUUAAAGUAGUAGAAUGUACUAACCCUAAUCUUUUAGGAUUUAAAUGUCUUGAUUUUUCGAGUUUGUAAAACUAAACACUAUUUCUGAAUUCUAGUUAGAAUGCUAAAUCAACAAUUUAGAUUAUGACAUAUGGAUGUCUUGAUAUUGAUUAACUAAAAACUUCAAUACCAUCAAAUUGUGCAAGCUAAAAAGAAAUUGACUAAAUGAUUAAUGGAAUUAACUCUAUUUUAAGGUUCAAACUAUUUACUUCUCAAUAUAAUACAGCUACUUAAAGGGUGGAAGUUAACUAUAGAAAUGCCUAUGUCUAUACAAUAGCCAAUUAAUAAAUAUUAACAUAGUUGAAAAUUUAAAAUUAAAAUACUUCAGUAAAGUAAGGAUUAAUAGUUUAAACUGAAUCACACUUUUCUUCACCAAUUUAAUACACUCAAUAAGAUUAAAGCUACAAUAAAAAUUAUGCUCUCCAAUAAACUGGCGCAGGUUCAUACAGUUAAGCAAUAAUAAUGAUUGAUGAGAUUGUUUAGCAUAUUUAAAUUUAAUAUCCUACUUUACCACAAGUUCUUGCUCUAGACUAAAAUUAUUUUAUCAAAUAAUAAAAAAAAAUUAAUAUAAUAUGCAAUGAUUAAUAAAUUUUAGAAGAAUAAAGCUAAGGUGAUGAGUAUGAUAGAAAGGAUAAUUAAGAAAAAUGUAAUGCCGAAUAAUAUGAAGACAAGUAGUAACUUAUAAUCUCCAAGGAUUAUUUGUGA